AUGAGACUGUUGACCGCUCUCCGGCACCUUACGCUGGGGCUCUUGUUACUCCCACUUCCUGCGCUUGCUAUCGGUCAAUACCAAUGCGUCUACUUUGGCAACACCACCGACUCUCUCUUCUCCAUCGUGAGCGGUGGGAAGGCAGCACCGAUCAUUACGUCGGACGAUGAAUGGCCGGGGGUACUCCGUGCUGCCAACGACUUCCUCAACGAUAUCUCCAACGUCACGUCCGUCGUACCCCAAGCAAUGACGGUCAGCGCUGCCAAGAUCUCCGGCCUUCCGUCGACCGCAAUCCUCGUUGGUACGCUUGGUCACUCUGCACUCAUCGACGCGAUGGUCAACUACACGGGUAUGGACGUCUCCUCGCUUCAAGGACAAUGGGAAGCAUACUCUGCGCAUAUCAUGAUGAAUCCCCUUCCUGGGAUGGACAUGGCCUAUGUGAUAAUGGGUGCUGACAAGCGAGGCACGAUCUUUGGUAUGUAUGAGCUCUCAGAGCAGAUGGGUGUUUCUCCCUGGUACUACUGGGCCGAUGUUCCGAUCAAGACGAAUAGUGAAGUAUAUGCUGCGACAUGCGAGCAUGGUAGUCCGAGUGUCAAAUAUCGCGCUUUCUGCAAGUACCUUUCCCAUUUCUAUUCUUCGACCGCUCACCUAUCUGUAGUCUUCAACGAUGAACAGCCUGCUCUUCAGAGCUGGGCUCAAUACACAUUCACGAAUGGAACAGGCGCACCGUUCAACCACUACUUCUACACUCAUGUAUUUGAGCUCAUUCUGCGUUUGAGGGGAAACUCACUGCUUCCCGCUAUGUGGAGCGGUAUGUUCGGAGUUGACGAUCCUCUGAACCAGUCCCUGGCGGACUACUACGGUGUCGUGAUGACGAGUAGUCAUGAAGAGCCCCUCAUGCGCUCCACACCAAACGAAUGGAACCUCUUCUAUCCCGGACAAGCCUGGGAUUUCUCAACCAACGCGGCUAAUCUGACACAAUACUGGACAAUCGGCGCCGAACGUGCUAAGCCAUACGAAGGCGUGUACACCGUCGGCAUGCGGGGUGCUGGUGAUCUGCCUAUGGGUCCCACCACGAAUAAUGCAUCUAGCCUAUACCCGAGGCGCGGAUCGACUCUGGAUUGUCAAUGUUGGAGACCUCAAGCCGAAUUCUUCCUCAAUUACGGUUACGAUGUCCCUCGUUGGAAUCAGACCAACCUCGAUGAGUUUUCUACGCUCUGGGCAAAUCGCGAGUUUGCCAUCCCCGAACACGCUGCUGACAUUAUCGGCAUCGUCAACAAUGUGACGAAGUUCAAUUCUCGGCGGAAACCAGAACUGGUCAAUUCAACAACGUACACAAUCAUCGACUAUGAGGAGGCGCGAAGCCUCCUUGCCACUUACGCUGCGAUGAACGAGACAUCAACUGCAACUUACAAUUCUAUUCCCCAGAACAUGCAGGCAGCAUACUUCCAACUUGUACAGCACCCGCUGUUGGCAAGCUAUACUCUGCAGAAAAUGUAUGUGUAUGCUGGUAUGAAUAGCCUGUACGCGAGCCAAGCCCGUUUCUACUCAAACUAUCUGGCUGAUCAGGUAGCAUCUUUGUUCGAGGCUGAUUAUGAACUUGAAUACGAGUACAAUCAUCUGCUGGAUGGGAAAUGGAUGCAUAUGAUGGACCAGACCCAUAUCGGCUAUGUGUACUGGCAGCAGACUAUGCAGAAUGUCAUGCCUGCAGUGAAUCGAGUCCCGACACGCAAGGUAUCAAUCGCCGGGGCGAUGCGAGUCAUGGUCGAAGGAUCAAUGGGUGCUUGGCCUGGAGAUAACAUGUAUGACUGUGCGCAAGGGUACAGUUGCCCAACCGAUUACAUGAUGCCCCUUGACCCGUACGGACCGGCUACACGGUGGGCCGACAUCGGCGCUGGUGGACCCAUUCCGUUCAGCUGGACGGCGACUACGAAUGUUUCAUGGCUGACGAUCUCCCCAAACAGCGGAUAUAUCGACCCAUCAAGUCCUGCCACGACGGAGCAACGAGUCUAUAUGAGCGUCAACUGGGCAGAUGCGGGAAUUCCGGACGGCGGUCAAGGUUUCGCUUUGAUCUACUUCACCUCUGCGGCCUCUUCGAGCUAUCUGGAACGAGAGGCGAUGGCGACCCAGAUCGUACCUUUCGUCUUCGUCACCAACCAGACGGGCGCACCCGCGAACUUUAGCGCCUUUGUCGAGGGAGAUGGCAGUGUGACCAUGGAAGCCGAACAUGCGACGCGGAACACCACGGUAGACAGCACUACCUGGACAGUCCUCCCGAACUACGGCCGAACUCUCUCAGGCGUCACUCCAUUCCCACCGAAUGGCGGGAAUUAUACUCCGGGAACUGGUCCGAGUUUGGAAUACGAUGUUUAUAUCUUCAACACUAUGGAAGGGAACGUCACGGUCACCACAUACGUAUCUCCGUCUCUGAACAACAAUCCCACUCGGCCCUUGGGAUAUGCCGUUCAGUGGGACAGUUCGGAGCCGGUCUCGAUCUAUUUCAUUCCGUACGCGCCGGCUUCAACGAUGCCCGCGGGGUGGGACACGCCUGACGGCUUUGCCGCUAAUGCGAUUAUUUCGACCUCAACGAAUUUCACAACCGCCCCCGGGGCGCAUACGCUCAAGAUAUGGCAGAUUGAGCCAGCAGUCAUCCUACAACGGAUCGUCAUCAACACUGGCAAUGUCAGGCAAUCUUACCUUGGGCCACCCGAGAGUGUGCUGUUGUAG